AUGUCGACGUCUACAAAGCUUGCCCUGGCCUACUUGGCUGCCUAUGCUUCAGCCCACGGAGUUGUCACCAAGAUCACUGGUGCUAAUGGGGUUGAAAUGCCGGGCCUCUCAGUUGCCGAUGGCACUCCACGCGACUGUUCCACCAACGGAUGCGGUUCCCAAGCGGACACAGCCAUCAUCCGAGACCGAGAGAUCAACAGCGGCAAGUGUGGGCCGCUGGGCCGAACCCAAGGCAACGGCCCUAUCGACGCCGCCACCAUGAUCCAGAACUUCAUGGGCGCCGCAACUGCACCGACCAACAACGGCACUGGCGUCGGUAUCGAGGACGAUCUUGCCGGCACGCCCGUCGCCUCGGGUAGGGCCAACAAGAACAACGCCCGCGACAGCAUAGUCUCGCGACAGAACCGCAAGGCCGGCGGUUUCCUCUCCGGCCUCUUCGGCGGAGGCGCUGGUGGCCGUGGCGACAAGAACGCCGGACCUCCCGAGAGCAACGUCGCGGCGACUGCCGGCGAGGGUGCCUCCAAGGGUCUUCCCACCUGUGCGGACGAUGGCACGAUCACCAUGACAUAUCGCCAGAUCAACCAAGAUGGUGCCGGCCCUCUCGAGGCGAUGGUCGACGCUACCUCGGGUGGCACAGACAUGUCGGCGUUCAAGACCGCCGAGGUGACACAGGAUGUCCCCGGCCUUGGCAUUCAGGGGCUUUCUCUCGCCACCACCACCGACUUCCCGCUCAAGGUCCAGAUGCCUGCAGGCAUGACUUGUGAGGCCAGCGUGGGUGGUGCCACCAACGUCUGCGUUGUCCGUGUCAGGAACGGAGCUGGUGCUGGCCCCUUUGGUGGCAGCGCGGCCUUCACCCAGAGCAAUGCUGCGCGCAAGCGUGCCCUGGCUUACCGUAUGCGGAAGCGCACGGAGGUCAAGUUUGAGGCAUAA